GUGUGCUGCGGCUUCUUCAAGAACAUGCUUUCAAGACAGGCAAUCCAUCGCCUCGUUACAAUAAGCAGGCAUGUUCAAUUAACUAGUCAGCGAUGUUCAAGUAGUCUGCUACCUGUCAAGUUAAAAAUCUCCAAGACCCGAGCGCUGGUAGAUGAAAAAGUCCAAAUCCAAGUAAGCAAGUUAAGCGAUGGACAGAAGAUUACUUUACAAGCUUAUAUGACAGAAGGGGACAAACAAUUUGGAGCAUGUGGUCAGUAUAUUGCUGACCAGACAGGAUGUGUGGAUACUUACAAAGAUGUAUCUUAUGGUGGAACAUUUGAAGGUUUGGAACCAAUGGGUUUGUUCUGGAGUAUGAAGACAACUCCUGGAGUCAAACAAGGCAGGCUAAUAAAGGGAGAUGUUAUGUCCCCUUAUAAUGUGACCAUAGCAGUGCAUGAUGGCUUUAAGGAAUUUGAUUCUCUCCCUUGGUCAGACUCAUCCUCUAGCCUGGCCUCAUGUCAUCUAGAACGUUACUAUGCAGCACCAGGUGUUCAAAGAUUUCCUCUUGCUGAGAAUGGGCUCUACGGAACACUUUUAACACCACCAGGUGAUGGACCAUUCCCGGCCAUCAUUCAUUUCUUUGGCUUGGGAGGUGGCAUCUUAGAAUUCAGAGCUGCCCUUCUGGCAUCACAUGGCUUUGCAACUUUGGCUGUUGGUUAUGUUGGCCUUCCUGGUCUUCCGAGAAAUGAACUUGAACUGGACUUCAAUUAUUUCUUGAAAAUCUUUGACUGGCUGGCUCAACACCCCAAAGUAGACAACAAAAAUAUUGGUGGAGUAGGGACGUGUGUUGGAUCUGGUUAUCUUCAAUUUAUUACAUCUAUGAGGCCUGCAAUGAAGUGCAUUGCCACUGUCAAUACUCCAGGAAUGCUUAUCGGAACGGAGCAGAUAGUUGAAGGGGAACUCAUCCAAGCAGGAAAAUUCAAAUUUGAUCGCAUCACUAAAGUGAAUGACCAAAUUUCUUUCAGGAACAUGUUUUCAGCUAAUGAAGAAAUUCCAGUUUGUCCAAGUUGGCGACAUGGUGCUAAAAUGCUAGCUAUACAAGGUCUAGAUGACCAGUGUGUCAAUCCAGCAUUAGUUGAAAAGUUUAAAGAAAAGAUUCCACCAGAGUUUAUAAAUAAUUUUACGUUCAUUGCAUACCCAGGAGCUGGGCACUUGAUAGAACCACCCUAUGCGCCUCGAUGUGGGACAAGCUACAAUAAAAUAUUUAAAAUGAACAUGUUAUGGGGAGGUAGCGACAAGCAACACAGUCAAGCACAAGAAGAUGCAUGGCCGAAAAUUCUACAGUUUUUUAAUCAACAUUUACAAAAGUGAUAAUUUAUUAUUUGUAGCUUUGGAAAUCGCUGGACGUUUAUUAAAAUGUUCUUUCAUCCUGAACAUUUUCCCCCAAAUUAUACAUAUAUAUGUUUAUUUCAACACAUUUUAUGAAUGUAUUUCACAUUCUUUACAAAAAAUGUAUUAAACCCUAGCUGUUGCCAGGGGCGUAGCUAGGAAUUUUCUAUCAUCUGGGGGACCGGGGGGCUUGACCUAAGACUAAAACUGCUUUAUUGAUCCUUAUGGAAAUUUGUUGUGAUUACAAGAACUCUUUUCUCAUAUAAAAUUGAGAAAAAGUGUCCAGUAUAAUCAGGUCGCCUAUAUUUUGUGUACUAUUUAAUGUAAAAAAACACUCAUUUGGUGGCUCCCUCAAGUGGGGGCCCGGGGGAAUCCUCUCCAUCCCCCCACCCUAGCUGCCCCACUAGUUAGUGCUGUGAAAUAGAAAUUAAAACCUGUGGUAAUGCAUUGGUUUUCCUUGUUAAGCACUCCAUCAACAUUCUAAACUUUCUAAUGUGUCAGAGCUUGAGGUUUAAGAAUGUUUCAUAUUUGUGUCUAAGUCUACUAUGGUUCUAGUUAUUUUUGAUGAAAGCUGUGGUUGAGUGUUUUAUACAUUUUUAUGUUAAGACUUGUUAUUUGUGUGACUCUUGCCAUUCUUUUUAGUUUUUCUGCGGUUAAGAUAUUCCUGAUUCCAUUUAGUGGCUGCAUGUUCCUGUCAUUGUACAAAUUAUAGGUGCUCAAAUCCGCUGGUUGCAAUGUUAAUAUUUAAUGUAGUUUUAUAAAUGCCAUAUAGCCACCUGGUUGUGUGAUAUGCACUCUGGACUGUUGUUGUGAUUGUCUCAUGUUUAAACUGUGCCACUGCUGUCCCACUGGAGGUUUGGGCCAGAAUCUAAUAACCUUCAAUUCUGAAGGAACAUCCAAUACAUGUGAAACAAAACAAAUUUAAGUGCCAUGUUGUAUAAAUGUAUUUAUAUCAUGCUAAUUAGAAUAUGAAAUGCAUGAGAUGCCAAAUGCCAUUUUUGAAUAAGUCAUUGUGGAAAAUGUUUACUAUUAAAUGUUGGUGAUUAUUUUCAAUUUAUUUAAUGCAGAUAUUGAAUAAUGAAACAUAUUCAAGUAUUUUAAUCAUCCUAAUGUUUCUCAGAAGUUUUUAAUGUGACCUGUUAAAAGUAAAACUGCAUAACAAUUUACUUCAAUAACUCAUUUCUAGAUUUCUCUUGAGUCUCAAGUAUCAUCAUACAUACCAUGUUAUUUUACUUUGAAAUAUUCUACACAUAUUAAAAAAAAACUUUUAAACCAAUUUGUUAUUUAUUAUAAAAAAAUGUGAUUUUCAAAAGUGCCAUAUUGUUAUUGUGUUAUAUUUUUGGAAGUGCCAUAUUGUACAUGUAGAUUUUUACACUUAUGAAAACUAUGAGUUUAAUGCAGGCUAUAUGAAGACUUAUCAGACUAAUCAUGUAAUAUUGGGUAAUUUAAACUAAAUGUGAUGCAGGCUACAUUUAAAAUAUGAAUAACAUGUAGUGUGAAGACUAUGUAUGUAAUAUUGGCUACAUUUAAACUAUGAAUGUAAUGUAUGAUACUUUAAAACUCUGAAUGUGAUGCAGGCUACAUUUAAAAUAUAAAUGUAGUUUAUUGUAAGCAUCAGACUUUGAUGUAAGCCUGUAACUAAAAACACAAAUUCUUGUAAAAAGAAAUAAAAACAAUAGCUUAAUGCACCCCAAAUGCAGAUAUUAGUCUGAUACAGCAGUUAGCUGUGACUUUAUUCUAGAAAUUUAAGGUCAACAGAAAAUUACAUAUUAAUCACAUGUUUAUUAAUAAUGCACCAAUCAGAUAUUGA